GGGACGCGGCGGCGCGAGCUCAGGACGGGGCUUCUGGUCGGUCGGGACGCGACCCCCGGUGCAUCGUCGGCCCCUUGCGCGGAUAUGAGGCCCCGGCUUCCGGCGACCCCUGUUCCCCAGUGCUGGGUUCUUCGACGGCGGGAGGGGGCCUCCAGAUAUUGAAAGUAAAAAUAAGAGAGUGAGGAAGAGUAUUGGAUGUCUAAAUGUGCGUUUUAAAACAAGGUAUCCGGAAGACAGGCCAAAGAAGGAUACGUGAAGCCCUGGAGUGGAACUGGAGUUAAACUACUCCUCGAGCUUAUAUUCCACGCCCUAGCGACCAGCUCGACGUUUGACAUGCCAAAGCCGAGCUAUGCCUCAGUAGCCAAAACUUAUCCUUUGAGAAGUUGCUCCUUGCUUACUGCAGUUUAAAUUGCCUAUGGAAUGAACAUAAAAACAAUUCUUCUUUAACCAGAAGUCAAAGGGAAAUCUACUCUCAGGCUGCAUGUAUCUUUCAUUUGCUCAUACACACCGACAGUUUUAUGGAACAUCUCCGUGCCCAGGCACUAGAGGACAAGGAACAUCCAAGAUACCUGAUCCCGGAGCUUUGCAAGCAGUUUUACCAUUUGGGUUGGGUCACUGGAACUGGAGGAGGAAUUAGCUUGAAGCAUGGCAAUGAAAUCUACAUUGCUCCUUCUGGAGUGCAAAAGGAACGAAUUCAGCCUGAAGACAUGUUUGUUUGUGAUAUAAAUGAACAGGAUAUAAGUGGACCUCCGCCAUACAAGAAUCUAAAAAAAAGCCAGUGUACUCCUCUUUUCAUGAAUGCUUACAUGAUGAGAGGAGCGGGUGCAGUGAUUCACACCCACUCAAAAGCUGCUGUCAUGGCCACCCUUCUCUUUCCAGGACGGGAGUUUAAAAUUACUCAUCAAGAGAUGAUAAAAGGAAUAAGGAAAUGUACCUCAGGAGGGUGUUAUAGAUAUGAUGAUAUGUUAGUAGUACCCAUUAUUGAAAAUACACCUGAGGAGAAAGACCUCAAAGAACGAAUGGCUUGUGCAAUGAAUGAGUAUCCAGACUCCUGCGCGGUACUAGUCAGACGUCAUGGAGUCUACGUAUGGGGAGAAACAUGGGAGAAGGCUAAAACCAUGUGUGAGUGUUAUGACUAUUUGUUUGACAUUGCUGUAUCAAUGAAGAAAGUAGGACUAGAUCCUUCACAACUUCCAGCUGGAGAAAAUGGAAUUGUAUAAACCAAUAACAAGUUUAAUCAUAUACAGAGAUAAAGCUAGUCUUAAUUAUCAGUAAAAUGAAACAAUUUUUUUUAAUGAAUUGAAAAUUUCCAUGAAGUCUACUUCACUGUCAAUUUGUCACCAAAUACCACAGAUGCUCACCCUGAAUCUCUUCUGACAUUAAUGGUAUUUUGCUUAUAUUCUUGAAAUUUUAAAUGACAAUGCAGUGGAAUAAAAAUUUUGUAAUUAA